CGAUCAUUCUAUCUUGCAUGAGGGUAAAGCUUGCCUUAUUUGCAGAGCAAGAAUUUAGGCAAGCGUGCUCAUUCUCUGUCAUCAUCUUUGCCUCUCAUUGAAGACAGAAAGAACAAUGGCGCUCAACCGCAGUUUUACGCUAAACACUGGGGCGAAGAUCCCAGCUGUUGGUUUCGGUACCUGGCAAGCAGCGCCCCAUGAGGUCGAGGACGCCGUGGAGAUCGCUCUCAAAGCCGGCUACAGGCAUUUAGACUGUGCAGCAAUCUACAGAAAUGAGACUGAGGUUGGAUUGGGGAUCAAGAAGAGUGGUGUGCCUCGCGAAGACAUGUUCAUCACAACCAAGCUGUGGAACUCAAAGCAUGAUCCAAAGGAUGUAGAGCCGGCGUUGGACCAGUCAUUAAAGGAUCUCGGUGUGGACUAUGUCGACUUGUACCUCAUGCACUGGCCUGUCGCGUUCGCCCCGGGGGACAGAUUCUUCCCAUUGGACGACAAGGGCGUGUUCAAGUUGUCAGACAUUCACUUCAACGAGACUUGGAAAGCUAUGGAAGCCUUGCUCAAGACAGGCAAGACGCGUGCGAUUGGUGUUUCGAACUUCAACAUCCGCCGAUUGAAGGAGCUCCUCUCCAGUAGCAAGGUGGUUCCAGCGGUGAACCAAGUCGAGGCACAUCCAUACCUUCAGCAACCAGAGCUUCUCGAAUUCUGCACCGAGAAGGGCAUAUUGGUGCAAGCUUACAGUCCUUUGGGCAACAACACCACGGGUGAACCCAAGACGGUCGAUGAUCCGGAAGUCCAUGAAGUUGGAAAGUCCCUUGCUUUGGAUCCAGGUCAGGUUCUGAUCAGCUGGGCUGUCCAGCGUGGUACCAUAGCUCUCCCCAAGAGUGUGACUGAGAAGAGAAUCAAGAGCAAUCUCCAGGACUCGAUUCUUCCGGAGGAGGCCAUGAAGCAAUUGAACGCCCUAGAGAGACACAAAAGGUUCAAUUUUCCCGGCACGAGGUGGGGUUAUGACAUCUUUGAUGAGGUCGGGGAUGAAGCCGUUGCAAAGUCUGCGAAAGAAGCUGGUCCCGAGAAUCUGACAAAGUUCAAGGUGUAAACCUAGGGACGUGCCUAAUAGGUAGAAUCAGGCGGACGGACUUGAGAGUGAUUGAGCAAGCCCAUAGAAUUGCAUAGGCGCGAUUCCAAAGCUCGAAAGAU